UAUGAAAAGAACCAAUAAGAGUGGCUUUCUGCCCCCUGGCAAAAAGAAACAAACCGGCGAGAAACAAGAUUUUUGCGAUGAGGAGAAAAUAAAGUCUUUGGAAGUCUUAAACAAAUUCUAUGAAGAUAAGUUGCGGCAAUUGCAAAUAGUAGAAUCGAAUGCUAGAAAGGAUUCUUUGGGAGAAUUGGAAAGGCUAACGAACAAAUGGAAAAAUGUUUGUUUGAAGGCAGUAGAGGAGCUAGAAGAAUGGUAUAAAGAACGUAAUAUUCCGGCGUCUCACGAGAAUUUAGGACUUAGCGAAAAACUUUAUGAGUUUAUUAAAAACGAGUAG